CCAACAUCCAACAUUUGCCGGUUUUCUCCCAAAUAAUGUCGCCAGAGACGACAUCUCGCCGAAGACGACGACAACUCGCCGGAGAGGACGACUUUCGCCCGGAGACGACAGAGAGCAGUGUCGCGAGAGAUUUCUCGCCGGAGACGACGACAUCUCGCCGGAGAGGACGACUUUUCACCGGGAGACGACGGAGAGCAGUGUCGCCGGAGAUUUUGGAGACGAGCGUCACCAGAGAAGAGGAGAGUUGCGUCACCGGAGAAGACAUCAGAGCCUUGCCAGAGAAGACAUCAGAGCGUCUCGCCGGAGAAGAAGACUCGUCGUCGAAGGUAUAUAUGACUUUUGUACGAAGGAACGCCAGCGACAUCCUGUCUAGACGUCACCGGCCAGGACAUUUAUCCAUCGCCGGUGACGUCUAGACAGGACGUCACCGUCGCUGGCGGAUGGUCAAACGGUCGUUGACCUCGUCGUCGGCUUGCCCAACGGCGGUUUGACCAGCCGCCGACAACGAUGAGGUCCUGUCCAGGCGUCGCCGGUAAUUUUUUUUUAAUUUAAAUUAUUAUUAUUACUAAAUUUGUUUUAUAUUAGGACUAUUAUUAGUAAAAUUUGCUCAAGGAU